GUUGAUGUGUAAAACACUCUCAGUAUCGGAUGGGUCUCAUCACCGGCAGCCGCUCCAUUUUCACCUCGACCCCGAACCAGCGCGAGUCCCCCUCGUCCCCCUCGAAAAACGGCUCGCUCGGGCCCCGCGUGGUGAAUUCUUAACCUCAAUCAGCAAACGCAACACGUUCGAUCAGUUAAAUUUUAAAUCUCCACGUUUGAGCGUUUGACUGAUGCCAGUCUCCGGAGCCGCGGUUUUGUUUUACCUCAUCAUCAAGUACAAAGUCAAAGCUGGCGGUGCUGUGCCGUAAAAUGUGAGGCGGGUUGCGUCGGGGUUGGCGAAGUGAGCACGUGCGAUUCGGUUAGCGCUCGCUGGAACAUGUGUGACGCGGAGUGAGCUGUGUGGCGUGCGGCGGUCUCUGACACUGGAAUGACGCGCGGGGCUGAGCCGGGAUAUUAGAUUCUUCACUGGUUUCCACCCGGAUCGAGAUGGAGGAGCCAAUCUCCGGCGCCAGAAAUGAAUGUAGUUGUUAAGGGACUCUCAGAUUCAAGUGAUGACUUGGACGUUCCAAUACGAAAAUCAAGAGCAGGUGGAAGUAGAAACUGUUUCAUUAGAUUUUUAAAAAGAGCCUGGGAGAGAAUGAGUGGGAGUACGUCCUCGGAAGAGGCAGAAUAUCCAGAAUUUGUAGAUCUUCAAAUUGAAGUUGAAGAGAUAGCGACAACGCAGCCGCGAUAUCGGCCGAACAGUCUCAAAGGUCUGUGUCAAGGCACUCGCUUUACUGAAGCAGAACUCAAACACAUUUACCGGAAUUUGAAAGGGGAGUGUCCAUCAGGAGUCAUUAAUGAGGAGGCUUUCAAGAACAUUUACUCGAAAUUUUUCCCAAACGGUGCUACUAUGUCCAACUUGUACGCGCAUCACGUAUUUAACUCAUUUGAUUUGAAUAAAACUGGAUACCUUAAUUUUGAGAUUUUGAUUCACGGCUUAUCUACGCUACUUCGUGGAACAACGGACGAGAAACUUCGGUGGAUAUUUUCCUUAUACGACGUGAAAAAGGACGGGUACCUGACUCGAGAUGAAGUGUCAAGCAUCGUCGGGUCGGUUUUUGAACUCUCGGGCUUUCGAAUUGUGGAGCCCACGCCAGAAGUACAAGCAGCCAUAUCAGAUCGCACUGACUUCAUAUUUCAGAAACUGGAUCUUGACAAGGAUGGUAUAGUCACUCUCGACGAAUUUCUCCGGAGCUGCAAGAAUGACGACACGAUACGCAAGUCUCUGUAUUCAUUUCACACAGUCUUUUAAACUGAGCUCUUGGAUUUGUUGGAAUCUCCGAUAUCUCAAAACUCGUUCCCUUAAUGGGAAAUUUGUAUUUAAUUUUUGAAAUACUCAGCAAAUUUUCUAGGGUAUGUUUUUCAAUUUUGUUGACUUUGUUAUGCAUUGUUCGUGUAAUAUUUAAUAUUCUGUGAUGUAUAAAGUUCUUUUUACAAUAAA